CAGUUUCAACUCAUCAUUCCAUUCAGACAGAGCUACAACUCUCCACCAUCGCCAUGUUUCUCAACCGAUCACUCGUACCAACGUUGAUCGUUGUCCUACUCAUAGGACUCUGCUGUUGCACGGCCAGUUGCACCGACAACAAGUUCGACAAAAAGUGCAUCGAUCCUAGUCUGGUGGCCACUUAUGAUGAGAUUAUUGAUUUACCGGCCCAUCCCGAGAAGCUGUUGAUUGACGUUCGCGAACCGGAGGAACUCGCUGCCACCGGAGUGAUCCCAACCAGUAUCAACAUCCCGCUGAAAACUGUGAGCGAUGAACUACAGCUCAGUCCCGCUGCCUUCCACGCCAAAUACGGCCGAAACAAGCCGGAAGCAAACGAUCCCAUUAUCUUUACCUGCCGCACGGGAGUUCGGGCUGGGAUAGCAGCCAACGAGGCGGAUCGGCUUGGGUUUAAGAAUGUGAAGAAUUAUGUCGGUUCCUGGACAGAGUACGCCAAAAUUAAGAACUUGUGAUAAAGACGAAUUUCAACUUUAUUUUAAUAAAUGUAUUAAAGAAUAGUAA